AGAUCUAAUGCAAUGCAACUCUAGAUUCCGGUGUGGUUUCGAAGUGUGUCUAAUGAAGGAAGGGAAAGGCACAGAAAGCAAAUAUGUUAACAGUUAAACAGUUUUAUCUUGACAGUUUGUUGUCAAGAGAAUUACGGUAACCAUGAGUGUUCUCGUCAAAGUCUAUUAUUUAAAUAAUCCGUUGUGUUUUGAGGAAUAAAGGUACUGUACAUGAAGAUGGACGUAGACGUUACGGAAAUGUUAGAAGAAUUUAUGGGAAGUGCACUUGUUACAUGGGGCAUUGUUUUCAUUGUCUGCAAGGUUCAUCUAUUUGAGGGUAUUGUUGAUGAGGAGGAGAAUGGAUCACUCUCUCAGGAAUAUAUGGAAGUAAACUUCAACUCCCAGAAUGCCGUGAGGCAGUACCUGAAGCUUACCAAUGGAGUAUACCUCAAUGAGGUCAUGAGGAUCAUUGAUCCCAAUCCAAAGGCAGAACAAAUCUACCACAAUGUGGGUGACGACAAGAUUCUCAGGGUGCAGAACUUUUCCAUCCUCAAUCGUCACUUGAGAUCAUACUAUCAGGAGAACCUACAGCAGCUGGUGCUGAUGCCGCUACCAAAUGUUGCUGUUUUAGGUCGAGAUCCCCUGACAGAGGGCGCUGUUGCAGAGCUCAGACGACUGCUACUGUUAUUGCUAGGCUGUGCAGUACAGUGUGAAAGGAAAGAAACAUUCAUUCAGCAGAUUCAGUGCUUGGACAUUGAUACACAAGCAGAGCUUGCACUUUGCAUACAGGAGGUGACCCAGGACCCGAACGCAGUGCUUCCUUUGGAGUUUGGAGACAUGUGUGGGCUGAAUGGAGCCGAGCUGCAGACUCUAUUCUGCUCCAUGGCCAAACAGAUCCAGAACCUGCUAGCCCAACGAGACACACACUUGGAGAGGAUAGCCGAGCUUUGUCAGGAACAGGAAUCAUCUACAGCCCAUAUAACCACGUCGAGUGGGUUUGGAGAUGGACUUCCUGAAGGACUGGCUGUGCAGCUGGCAGACAGCAAAGCUAAACUGCGCCGACUCAAACAGGAACUGGAGGAUAAAGGUGAUCAACUACUGGAUUGCAAGCAAGAAAUGCAAACUAUGGAGGAAGAAAUGAAGAAACUACAGAAGGAAAACCGAGCGUUGCAGGUGGAAGCGCGUGUGAGUCGGGGUCUGAAGGAUGAGUUGGACUGUCAGCGUGAGCGUGCAGCCAGAGUAGAGCAACUGCAGGCGGAGCUGAAAAACUGCACACAUCGGCUCCGCAGCAUGGAGCUGUACCGCACACAGCUGAAGGAGCAGCAGCAGUACUGCGCCUCGCUGCAAGAGAACAAGGCACUUCUGGAUGAGCAGCUGGCUGACUCUCGAGCACGUUGCACUGCUCUGCGGGAACUGGAGAAGGAAAAUCUUCUUCUCAGGCAGAAGCUUGUGGAUAUGGAGGGUGAGCGAGAUGUUGAGAGACAGAGGGUAGACGAGCUGUUGGAGAUGAAUAUGAGUCUGCAGGUGGAUCUCAAGCGUCAGGUUCAUUCUGUGGGUGUCAGUCAAAAUGUGACUCUUCAGCAUUUCCUCCAAUCAGAGCUAGAGUCAGACGAGGACGUUCAGGAAAUUUACAUGCCUGAGAUUGAUCUGAAGCCUCUCAGUGAGGAGGUAAACGAGGCUUCCUCUCUGAGGCUUCUGGGAGCUGAAAAUGAGAAUGCUGAACUGAGGAGACGACUGGAGCUCCUGCAAGCUGAACGAGAGUCUCAGCAGGCCAUCUCCCCUGACAUGACUGAAGAGCUCCAGAGACGCAUGGACCAACUCUCACAAAAGCUUCAAAGCACCCUCAAGGAGAUGGCGUGUCUGAAGAAUGAAAAUAGCAGCUUGAAGAUAAAUCUCGAAGAGCUGAGGACAAAACAGCAACGGAAAGACCUAGAGGAAGAGAGAGCAGCCUCGAAGGGAAAAGAAGGGAAAAAGCCAAUAAUCCCAAGAGGGGAAUGCGAGGGAUAUGACACAAGAAGAGAGAAACACGAUGGAAAAGAAGGCGUAAUAAAAGCCCAGAGAGAAGAUGGAGAGGGGGGAGAGGGGAGCGUAGUAAUCCUCAGCGAGAGAAAAAAGAAGGUUAUAGAUGAAAUGAACACCAAAGAGAGAGGAGAGGCUGAGGGUGAGAAAGAAAUUGAAAGGAAGAAAGAUAUCACAGAAGAGGCAUCUCAGACGUACAGCACUGAAGCCCAGAAGACAGAAGAAGAUAAAUUCUCCCAGGACGCCCUCGCCCUGCAUAACCAGCUUCAGCAGGCCCUGGAAGAGGCUGACAGACAGACCACUUUAGCCCAGGAUUUGCGCUCCAAACUGGCAGAGCAGAGUAAGAAGGUCUUGGAGGCCGAACAUAAGCUAGUUUUCCUGGAGGCUGAGAAUCAGCGGCUGAAGAAGGCAGCAGAGAGCCUCAUGGAGGCUAGGAAACAAAUAGAGGUGCUGCAGGGUGAGUCUAUGCAGCAGGAGGAGGAACUGAUGCAUCUGCGCAGUCAGGUGGAGUUUCAGAAGAUGCAGGCCACAGUGAUUGCUCAAUUAGAGGGAGAGAGGGCAGCCUUGGAGAGGGAGAGAGAGACACUCAGAGGCACCGUAGACUCACUCAGGGCUGCAGUACGCAAGGGUGAUCAGUUGGAGCUGACCAACCAAAACCUUAAGGCAGACCUUGAAAGAUUGGGACGGACCUUAGAGUCUGCCAGGCGGCAUGAAGAGGAGCUACAAGCUGAACUGCGAGAAUCUGGCGUGGAGAUGGAGUCUUUGACUCGAGGACGGGAAGAAGCGCUUCUUGAAGUCAUGCGACUGGAGCAAGAGAAGGAGUCGUGUCAGGCAGAGUUGGACAGUCAACGGCGUGAGCUACGACAACGAGAGCGAGAAAUGAUCAGACUUAGACAGCAACUGGAAAGCACAACAUCUGCUCUAGAGCAUGGCAACCAACGAGCCUGCAGCCUAGAGGCACAAAACAGACGCAUGUGUCAGGAGAUUUCUCAGCUCAAAGAGACAUCUGCCCAGUUCGAGGAGCUGCAGAAGGAGAAUCUGCAGCUCGGUACACUCAACGCUGAGAGGAAGGUCCAGAUUGACUCUCUAACAAAGGAUCUGGCUAAUGAGAGUGCCCAUUCCCGAGAGUUAUCCAAUCAAAUCGCACAGCUGAACCGAACACUUGAAGAGCUGCAGACCAAGCUUGAAAUGGCAGCUACACAACAGCAGCAGUCAUCUCCAGAGGUUGCUUUUUCACCUCCUGACUCACACACACAGAGAAUCGAGGGUUGUGAAUCAAACAGACAGUCUCCACCGCUGUCAGGAAGCCCCCAGGAGGCCACUGUCAGUACUGUACAUAAGGUUAACCACAACCAGAGCUUUGGGCCUACAGACUCUGUCUAUGCAGCAGAAGACUCUGAAAACACAAGGAACAAACAACCACACACAACGGCAGAGACUGGCACUGGCAGCCAGGAGGCGUCGAGUCAAAGACUGAUAAAUACGGAAAGGGAGAAUGCAGUGCUGCAGCGAGAGCGGGAGGUGUUGCUGUCUCAGCUGACUCAGUCUCAGUCAGCCUGUGCUCACCUCAGAGAGCAGUUGGAUGCCCUGCAGCGCCACUCCAUCUCGCUGCAAGAGAACUGUGCUAAAUUACAGGCCCUCAACACCAAACUACAGGUGGAACAGGCAUCUCUGAGCUCCGAACAUGCGGCAGUGUUGGCACGUUGCAAUGAGAGCGAACUGCGCUGUGUGGCUCUGAAGGCAGAAUCAAGGGUGUGGCUCAAGGAGAAGGAGGAGUCAGUGAUGCGCCUAGAGGCUGCAAGGCGGGAUCACGAGAGACUGACAGCUCUGCAACAGAGACAGGAGGCGGAGUUAGAAGAGUUGUUGGCCAAACACAGUCAACUGAAAAGCAGCAGUCGCAGUCUAGAAGCUCAAUAUAAAGACACUGAGGCCAGAUAUAAGGAGCUGUUGGAGCGAAAAGCAAAGUUGAAGGAGGCAGAGGAAUCGAUACGUGUGGAGAGACAGAAAAUGGAGAAAGUGACACAAGGGCAGGUGGAGAGCGAGAAAGAGCUGGAGAGACUGAAAAUGGACAAUGAAAGAUAUCAGAACUUGCAGAAGGAGUGGUUUCAGGUGCAGUCCGAGCUGCUGGCUCAGAGUUCAGUUCUGCGGGCAGAGUUGAGUAUGGCUCAGCUUGAACGGACCAGACUGGAGGGAGAACUCAGCACUCUUAAAGAGCAGAACCAACAGCUGGAUCUCAACAACGUCCGUCUCAGCAGCCAAAACCAGCUCCUAACCCAGUUGAAGGCGAACUUGGAGGAGGAGAACCGACAUCUCGUAGAGCAGAACCAGAAUCUGGCCAAAGAUAACAAGGCCCUUCUGGAGAGCAACCUGGAGAGCCGAGACCAGCACCACAACCAGCAGAGAGAGUACCUUGACAAGCUCAACGAGCUGCGCAGGGAGAAGCAGAAGCUGGUGGAUAAGAUAAUGGAUCAGUAUCGUGUUUUGGAGCCAGGUCUGCCUGGCAUGUGUCCAGCCAAACAACCAAAGAAGUCGAACUGGAUAGCGGACCGCAUGAAGAAGCUGAUAAAACCUAAAGGUGGAAGCAAAGAAGGCCGUGCUCAGUUUAUUGCUGCUGGCAGUAUAGAGAACCUCGCGGAUACUGUAGACGGUGCUCCCAUCUCUUCAGCUCCAGCGCCUGUUCAAGAGCAGGAUCCCAUCAGUGCUCCAGUCUCUCCGAGUUCACUAAGGAGAAUCUCAUCUCAGGCAGAAGAAGACCAACCCAAAGCUAAUCUGCGGAGUGGUCGGCGCAAGCUGGGCUCCCGGCACGGCUGGGCUCUCGGCAGGGGCAGAGGAGGAAUUUCCCAGUCCUUCAGCCCAGGAGACCAGCGCGUACAGCCUCGCAUCCGUCUGCACUCUUCCCAAACAGGCGCCAUGGCCCUCUGGGAACAUGAUGGCAGCCCUACACCCAGCCAGGACAGCCCUAGUGAGGAGGGGAGAGUUGAUAGUGAGGAGAACAUCUCACCUGCACACUCUGAUGUCAGCCGUGUAUCAUCUGGAACAGAAGAUUUUCACUCCAGUUUUGACAAGCCACAGGACACAGAAAACAAACAAGCAUAAAGCAAUAACAAUUUGUUAACGCUCAUUUAACUACCUUUAUCCCUUUUAUAUAUAAAACCUUUAUCCCAAUUUUAUAUAUAAAACAUCCAUAAAGCAUAUAGUAUACACUUACUAUAUGUAAUGGUCCAGUACAUUUAUUAUGGGAAAACAAAUAAAUUAAUUUA